AUGUCUGGAGGGGAAGACAGCGGGGCACAGCUGCAGUGUUGUGUGACGACAGAGCAUCUGAACGCCUCAGGACAAGCCACCCGGAGGCAGGUCAUCCGCAAGGCCUCUGUCCUUCUGGGACGCAAUGAGUUCCAGGAGCUCGUCCUUCGCAUCCACGAUGGCAAAGUGCCGCAAAAUUAUCCUCUGAAGAACUUCAAACUGUUCACCAAGUUCGCCCGUGACGGCAAGUGCACAGUCAAGCUGUUCCCUGAAAACAUCCAGGUGCUCAUCUCCAACUGCCCCCCUGACCAGCUCAGCCUCUUCCUGAAGACUCUGAGCAUUAAACACCAGGCUGGAAUAUCUGGCAAAACUCUGAGUGCGAGAGAGAAGCUCAAAGCCGGCCUGCCCCGCAGUUUUGAGGCCAUCAGCCCUCUUCAGCAAAAAGACAUUCAGAGAGUCUCUGAGCUCCGAAAUAAAGUACCACCUAAAGGCCUUUCGGACCGUACGAACAAGACCACAGGGUCAGGACAGCAGGUCAAAAGAUCGAGGAGUGAUUGCAAUUUCAGCCCUGUGAAAGACAACCCCAACAAAAAACCCAUCCUGUGUCUACCAACUCGUAAGCUUAACAAAGGACAGGCUGCUGUCCUCAAUGCUGUGUUGAGUGGAAAGAACGUCUUCUUUACUGGCAGUGCAGGUACAGGGAAGUCCUUCCUAUUGAAGAGACUAAUUGGAUCACUUCCCCCAAAGAGCACCUUUGCUACCGCUAGUACUGGAGUGGCUGCAUGUCACAUUGGAGGAACAACACUACAUAAUUUUGCAGGUAUUGGCUCAGGCUCAGCCCCACUGGAGCAAUGUAUCGAACUAGCACAGAGGCCCAGGGUGCUGCAGCAUUGGACUACCUGUCGACACCUGGUCAUUGACGAGAUCUCCAUGGUGGACGCUACUUUCUUUGACAAGCUCGAGUCUGUAGCUAGGUCUGUGAGGAGGUCCACUGAGCCUUUCGGGGGAAUCCAGCUGAUUAUUUGUGGAGAUUUCCUACAAUUGCCUCCUGUUUCAAAGGGAAAGGAAAAGGCCAAGUUUUGUUUUCAGGCCAGAUGUUGGCGUAAAGUCAUCCAGAUCAACUUGGAACUGACUGAGGUGCGACGACAAACGGAUCAGACCUUCAUCUCUCUCCUUCAGGCAGUAAGAGUGGGAAGGGUGACAGAACAGGUCACAAAUAAAUUGACGGAGAGCGCUUACCGUCAUAUCGACAGAGACGGUAUCGUAGCAACCAGGCUGUGCACACACAAGGAUGACGUGGAGCUUACUAACGACAACAAGCUUCAGCAACUACCAGGGUCUGCACGGCUGUUUGAGGCUGUAGAUAGUGACCCGGCCUUGGUAAGGACCAUAGACGCCCUCAGUCCUGUCAGCAGACUGCUUCAUCUUAAAGUAGGAGCUCAGGUCAUGCUGACAAAGAACCUGGACGUAACUCGUGGUCUGGUGAAUGGAGCCCGAGGGGUUGUGGUGGCGUUUGAGCCAGGAAAACAUGGACUCCCGCGCGUGCGCUUCAUGUGCGGCGUCACGGAGGUGCUGAAGUUUGAACGCUGGGUGUUUAAAUCGGGGGCUGGGACGCACCUGAGCCGACAGCAGUUGCCACUCAAACUGGCAUGGGCCAUUUCCAUUCACAAAAGUCAGGGAAUGACAUUAGAUUGUGUGGAAAUCUCUUUGGCACGUGUGUUCGAGAGCGGCCAGGCUUAUGUGGCCCUGUCUCGGGCUCGGAGUUUGGAGGGCCUGCGGGUUAUGGACUUUGACCCCCGCGUUGUUCGAGCAGACCCGGACGUACUUGCCUUCUAUAUGAAGUUGAAAAAGGAGCGGCUGCUGAUGCAGACUUCUAUUGAUGAGUAUGCUGACAUAAGUAACAAAGAGAACUUGUGGUGA